AUGGCGGGGAACGAGAACACUUUGAUAUGGUCUGCCCAGCUGGCCGUGGCACCUCCCCAGCGCGCCCCUCGAUUACCUGGCGAUAAAAUCACCCUACCCCAAUCCGCGCUUGAACAACUCCUCGCCGCCGCCCCGCUCCAAGCUGUUCCCAAUUCCUCCAACACACGCGUGCAGCACAGCAAUACCUUCGACCCUUUCAACCCACACACUUUUGCCGCCGAGUCUCGAGCCCGUCAGCAGAAUGAACAGCGUCAACAACAGCUUCCACACCCAUUGACCUUUCGCAUCGUGAACCCUCAAAAUGGCCGGUUCGUCUAUGCGGGGAUCCGCGAGUUCUCCGCACUCGAGAAUGAAGUCGCCCUCAGCAGUCUACUCCGCGAGUCUCUCGAGAUUUCCGAUGACGACUUUCCUACAACCGAAACCCAAGAGGGCGAACACGCGCCAGAUAUGGAGGUAGAUGGAUUAGAAGGAAACGAACACCGAACCCCAACGCCACCAACAAUACCAAUCACAUCCACACCCACGGGUCCAAGGGUCACGGUGCACGCGAAGCAAUUACCCAAGGGCACAUACGUGCGUCUUCGUCCACUCGAAGCUGGCUACGACCCGGAAGACUGGAAGGCGUUGCUGGAAAGACAUCUUCGGGAUAACUUUACAACGCUGACGGUUGGCGAGCUCCUCACGGUACCGACCUCCCGCACCGAGUCCUUCCGAUUUCUACUAGACAAGGUCUACCCCGAAGGAGAAGGAAUCUGCGUCGUCGACACGGAUCUCGAAGUUGAUAUCGUGGCACUAUCGGAAGAACAGGCACGUGAGACGUUGCAAAAGCGACUGGAGCGAGCUGCGCGGGCACCUGGUACGACUGCCGGUAGCUCGGUUGGCGGGGUCCUCACUCUUGGAGAGAAUGUCGCAGCCCAGGUGUUACCUGGGGAGUAUGUGGACUAUGAGCUGCGAGAGUUGACGAAGCACGAGGGAACGCUUCGGAUUGAGCUUUUGACAGAUGAUCCUACCGUGUCUCUAUUCGCCAGUCCACUUAGUGCUCGCCAAAGAGGACGUCCGAGGAGAGAUAUGCAUGUCUGGGGCGACUUUUCUACUGAGGGAUCGAAGAAAUUCAAGAUUCGGCCUACCAAUGUGGCGCUAGAGGGGGCGGAAUCUAUCUAUAUUUCUGCUUAUGCCAAUAUUGAAGACAGCGAGAACGAGCCGUCACAACGAGUUCCUGUCAAAUAUAACCUACGGAUCUCGAUCGAUGAUUCAGAAGAUGGCGCCGAGGCCGAGGCCGAGGACGAUGAACAUGAGCCAGACGAUGUACAGUGCCAAAACUGUCGACAAUGGGUUCCGCAACGGACCCUAGUUCUCCACGAGAACUUCUGUCUACGCAAUAACAUCUUCUGCCCCCAGUGCCAUAAUGUCUUCCAAAAACGAUCACCCGAAUGGCAGAACCACUGGCACUGUCCCCACGACUCCUCCCACGGUACCGACGCCGCCAGCAAAACCAACCACGACUCCAUAUUCCACAAUAAUUACGAAUGCCCAGAUUGUUCCUCCAACUUCGAAGGACUACCUGCCCUAGCUCUCCACCGGACCAACGAGUGUCCCGGUAAAUUGAUCCUGUGCCAGUUCUGCCAUCUAAUCGUUCCGCAAAAGGGCGAUUCAGACCCAGACUUCUUCGACCCCGAAGUCUUGGUUUCUGGUCUCACUCCCCACGAACUAGUAGACGGCGGACGAACGACUGAAUGCCAUCUAUGCGGCAAGAUCAUUCGACUCCGCGAUAUGAAUACCCACCUCCGCCACCAUGAUCUAGAGCGGCUUUCCCGACCCGCGCCACGCACAUGUCUCAAUCAAAAUUGCGGCCGCACCUUAUCAAACACCGGCAACAAGUCUCUUGGUCUUUGCAAUAUCUGUUUCGGGCCUCUAUACGUCGACACACAUGAUCCAGAGGGCAAGGCUCUUCGACGCCGGAUUGAACGCAGAUAUCUUUCGCAAAUGAUGACCGGGUGUGGGAAGGCUUGGUGUCAGAAUGAGUACUGCAAGAACGGGAAGCAGAAAAGACAAUCAGCGCCUGAACCAGCAGUAAUGAGUGUGGCUGAAAUCAUGAAAGUAACCCGUCCUCUCGUCGACGCCUUGAACGUCAACCCCGAAGAAACCAACACGGCCCCAUUUUAUUUCUGCACCGAUGAAACGGGUCAGCACCGUCGGAAUCUGGCAGAUAUGAUCUACGCGGAGGGAACUACCGGUGACGGAGAUAAGGCAUAUGAUAUGGCAUGGUGUAUAGCAGGCGCCGAAGCAGCCGGCGGUGAUCUCGAAAAGACACGAGAAUGGCUUGCUAAGUGGGCGCCUUCUCGGGGUGAAACCGUAUGA